CUAAACAAACCCUAAGUUUCUUUUCGCCGAUUACACUGGCUACUUUCUUUGGUUUCGUCGAUCAUCUCAUUAUUCCUUUCCAAAUUGUAUGAGGUAUCGACCCCAAGCCGCAUAAAAUCACAAACAUUUCACUAUUUUGGCUGAACACCCGAUAAACAUCUAACACAAAUAGAAAAAUAAAACAUAACAAGUAUCCCCGUACGUAAUUGCUUGCCAAAAUAAUAGUGGGAACAAGCCCUAAGUUUCCCCCCAAUAACGCUUACUGUUUUCUUUGUUUUCAUCGAUCACCCUCGUUAUUACCAUUCCCAAAUACAUGAAGCGCUAACUCUAAGCCACAUAAACUCACAAAUAUUCAACUAUUGUACUCGAACACCUCCUAAUAUCUAAAACAAUAGGAAACUAAAGAUAACAAGUGUCUCGAUACUAAUUAACUCGCUACGAACAUAACAUAACAACAUCGUACGUUCAUAAAACAAUUCACACUCAUAAUUAUUUAACCCAGAUGGUAGUGACAUCGAUAGUUCUACUUUUCUUUAUCGAUAUGCUCAUGUUGCUAUGAACGUCGAUCAAUCGAAAAUCGUACAAACACUUGACUAUCAUGAUACUUCAAAAACCCGCAAAAGGAAACAUACUAAUAACAAUUCUCAUACCAAAUCCAUAAAUAUGGCAACGAAAUUUGAGAAAAACCAAAUCAUAUCACACGGAGAUUUGUUUAUCCAAAUACUAGUGGGAACAAAAUUAAUGUUGCAGCAAAUGAAAGGAAAGGAAACCUCCACACACGGCCAAUUUCCCAUCCUCAUUCAUUACCCUUCUCGUUUUAGCCUUAAUGACAACAUUAAUAAACCCCCAUAAUAAGCCCCUUUUUUUCAAUUUCAUAUUUUUACCAAAACUCGUUUUGGAGCUUAUCGUCUUCCUUCCUCACACUGUCCAUUUCUGUCGUCACCAUCCCCAAUAUAAAACCCUGAGGGCCGCCAUGGAAGUGAGAUAGAAACAGCUUAUCCCAUCCCUCCAAAAUCCAAAAAGCUUUCACCUUUUCUUUUCAUAUUUCAUUUUUGCAUAUUGGGUUUGGUUUGGAUUAUUCAUCAGUUUUACCUUACCUCACCUUUCUUCUUCUUCUUCCUCUCUCCUUCCUUCCAUGGAUGCUCUGUUUUUAUAAAGGAAAAAAAAUAUAUAGUUUUUGGGUUGCUGUUGCAGUGAUUUCCCCCUGGCUUUUUGGGUAGGCUGGCUUUUGCUUGCCCAUUAUUUUAAUUGCUUGAAAGUUUGAGACUUUUUUUUUUGUUUUAUUUUGCCACCAUUAACAGCAACAGCUUCAGCACUAAUAUUUCUUCUUCCCCACCACCACCAUCCCGACUACAAAGGUUCUUCCUCCCCAAAAAAUUUUCCUUUCUUUUCUCUCUCUCCCCUUUCCCCAAAAAGCCCACCACCGCCAUCGCCACCACCACUCUUCAAAUCCACACUACCCAAUAACCCCUUUCAUUUCUCUCCAUCUCUCUCUUUCUUUCUUCUUCUCAUCCAUUUCCACCCCCACCAUAAUCAUCGCUUUCAGCCAAAAAAAUCCGGAGAGGAGAUAGAAAGAACAGAGCAGAGCAGAUAAAGUUUCAUCGGAGUGUUUUUUAUUAAUAGUUAGUACUGGGUUUUUAUAUUUGUCUUUCUUUUUCACCUGUUUCCUCUCUUCUUCAUUUCAUUUCGUAUCCAUCCCCCCUUUCGUUUCUGUGUUGACGGCUGAAGAAAAACUGAGUUACCGAAAGGAAGAAUAGUCGUGGACCUGCCUACCUCUUCUCUCUCUGGUAUGAUUCUUUUUGGCUUUUCCAUCUCUCUGCUUCUUCUCUGUUCCUCCUCUGAUCAGCUACUUCUUCUUGUAGAUUGUUUAUUUAAUCUCUGUUUUUGUUGCUUUGACUUUGAAUUGUUUGGAUUAGUUCGUUGUUUUGUGGAGGAAAUUUCAAUUGGGUUCUGUAGAUCCAUUGAUCUUCUUGCUUUGUUCUGGAUUUCGUCCUUCUUGCUGCCUUACGUUUUGAGAUUUCAUUCAAUUUGACAUGAACCUUCCUUUCCAUAAACUCUGUGUUUUGCUUCGAUCUGUGGCUCAAUCUUUGUAUUUGUUCCUUUUAUGGAUCUAGCUAUAAUCAGUCAAUAAUUGACUUGUUGGUGAUGGGUUUCUCGUGAAUUUCAGUUUGAAGAAAAUUAAUCACCUGAUUGGAAAGAACAAGAUGAUGACCAUUGAGGACUUGGGAUUCUGCAGCGACAUGGAGUUUUUCUCCGCCGCGCCUUACAUGGGCGGCGCCGCCGCCACCGCGGAAGAUCUGGUCGCCCCACAAAUCGACACAGAUCCGAACGCGGACGACGAUUACAGCGACGAGGAUGAGAUCGACGUGGACGAGCUGGAGCGCCGCAUGUGGAGGGACAAGAUGCGCCUGAAGAAGCUGAAAGAACAGAGCAAGACCAAGGAAGGAAUCGACGUGGCCAAGCAGCGGCAGUCCCAGGAGCAAGCUCGCCGGAAAAAAAUGUCCCGAGCUCAAGACGGAAUCCUGAAAUACAUGCUGAAGAUGAUGGAGGUCUGCAAGGCCCAGGGCUUCGUCUACGGAAUCAUCCCGGAGAAGGGCAAGCCGGUGACCGGAGCUUCGGACAAUCUGAGGGAAUGGUGGAAGGACAAAGUCCGGUUCGACCGAAACGGCCCGGCCGCAAUCGCCAAGUACCAGGCCGACAAUUCGGUCCCCGGAAGAAACGACGGUUCGAAUUCCAUGGGGCCGACUCCCCACACUCUGCAGGAGCUUCAGGACACCACUCUGGGGUCCUUGCUCUCUGCCCUGAUGCAGCACUGCGAUCCGCCGCAGCGUCGGUUCCCACUCGAGAAGGGCGUCCCGCCGCCGUGGUGGCCGAGCGGCAACGAGGAAUGGUGGCCGCAGUUGGGGCUUCCUAAAGAGCAAGGCUCGACCCCGCCGUACAAGAAGCCUCACGAUUUGAAGAAGGCGUGGAAGGUCGGUGUUUUGACCGCUGUGAUCAAGCACAUGUCCCCUGACAUCAACAAGAUCAGGAAGCUGGUCCGACAGUCCAAGUGCCUGCAGGACAAGAUGACGGCGAAGGAGAGCGCCACGUGGCUCGCCAUCAUCAACGAGGAGGAGAAGCUGGCUCGGGAGCUUUAUCCGGACUUCUGCCCGCCCUUGUCCUCCAACGGUGGAGGAGGGAGUGGUUCCCUGGUGAUCAAUGACUGCAAUGAGUAUGAUGUGGAAGGAGGGGACGAUGAGUCGAGCUUCGAUGUUCGCGAGAUCAAGCCUCAAGGGUUGGCUGGAUUUGGGGGUUUCCCGGGGAUCAAGGGUGAGGUUAUGACUGGCAGCAGUAUCUUGAAGAGGAAGCAACCUGCAGGUGGCGAGAUUGGUGGUAACAUGAUGAUGGACCAGAAGCUGUACACUUGUGAAUUCGUGCAGUGUCCUUACAGCCAGAUGAGGCUAGGGUUCUGUGAUCGGAUCUCCAGGGACAACCAUCAGCUGGCCUGCCCUUACAAGCUCGGUUACACCAGCUCGAACUUCCAUAUCGACGAUGUGAAGCCGGUGAUCUUCCCUCAACAGCAGAAAGCCAAACCAAUCCUGUCUCCUGCUGUGACCUCGGUGUCUACUGCAGCAGCCCCAAUCGAUCUGACAGGGGUUCCUGAAGACGGGCAGAAGCUGAUCAGCGACAUGAUGUCGAACUACGAUACCAGCGGCACUCAGACCAGCAGCUGCAGCAGAACCACCCCCACCACUAGCUCGGCAAACAGUGUAGUUACCAUCAACGGUCUGUUCCAGCACCAGCAGCACCAGCAGAAAAUCCAUCAUCAGCCUGCUGAGAAUUACUUCCACCAGAACAUGUUCGUCGAUUCCAACUUCCAAAACAACAACAUCAGCAUCAACAGCAGCAAUCAGCAAUCCAUCUUCACACAGGAGACCAGCAGCCAGUUCCUCGACCGGUUCAAGCCGGUCAGCUCUCCAUUCGACACCAACCCAACCAGCUUCGAUCAAAUCCAGUCCACCAACAUGGGCCUCAGCAGCAACAACCACAACAUCAACAACAGCAGCAGCAACAACAACAACUUCAACCUGAUGUUUGCUUCGCCAUUCGACAUCGAUCUACAAGGGCUGGGAGUGGACAAUCAUCAGCUGCCGCAACAGCAGAACGUCUCGUCGAUCUGGUUCCAGUAAAGAAUCUCAAGCAAAGGGGGAGGAGGAUGGAGGAGAAGUACAUUUUGUUCUUCUGGGUUUUUUUUACUAUAUAGUUCAGUGUUUUGUGAUGUCAGUCAGUAAGUUCUUUUGUGUCUUUUUUUUUACCAUUAGGGCCUAGAAAUUUAGGGUAAAUGGCCACACAGCACAGCAGCAAGCAAUGGGGGAGAGGGUGAAAAAAAAAAAACUAGACGUGGGGGAGGAGAUAAAUAAAAAAGGUUAAAAUGUUGGUGAUUGAUUCUCCCCCGUUUGAGUUUCUUUUUACCCUUGGAGCUUGUGUGUCUAUGAUUAUAUAUUCUAUCAUAUAAUAAUAAGAAUCAAAUAUGAACCUAAUGAACACAGUAAUUCCAGAGUGUGAAAUAAAUAAGUCCUUUUCUUACUUGGAUUGUAACUUAUGUUAUUUUUAUGGGUUUUUUUACUGUCUGCUCUGCAACCAUAAGUUACCCUUUUUUAAUGGGUUUGGUUGUUUUCUGAUUUUUUUUUGUUUUGUUUUACAUUUUGUUGGGUUGUGAUGAUUUUAUGUAUUAAAUGACCAUUUUGUCCGGUAAUGUAAGAAAUUGAGGAGGAGAAUGGUCCAUGUUGUGCCUUGUUCCAAGUGUUGUCUUGUUCCCGAAAUUUGUCAAGAAGACUUUGUCGUAACCCUAAUACCCACAUCCCAUGUGAGCUUUCCUUUCUACUAUCUACAAUAAAUACACUUUGUGGGUAGUUCAUCUACAUUUUCUCUACAUCCUUUCUUAGACUCUUGGGUAGUCCAUAUUUGAUCUUAUAAUUGUGUUUCUCACUUUCCUUAGUAUCGAUUUGAGGACUCAAAGUACGUAGUAGUGUGUGUUUCAUCCUCAAUCGUAGCUCGGGGGCAGAGCAUUGCUUUCCAAGCGGAUCAUGAUUCAUUCACCGCACGAGUCAGAUAAAGCGAAACCCCAAUCGAAUCCGAUCGCUUAAGUGUGCUCUGGGAUGUUGUUGGAAGGGGGUAGUACAUAGAGCAGCAAUUUCAGUUUCUUCAGCCACAAAGCACAUCAUGAUUUUGCACGAGUAUAGGAGAUGUGAAGUUGACCAAGCCACCUUUAUUCGUUUCUUAACUUCGUUUUCAGUGUUCUACUCAAUAGCUUUUUAAUAAUUGGGGAGGCUGAGAAGUGAAGAAAUAUUCAAAGACGGCUUCCUAGAGAGAGAGCUCUGGAAUGGAAUGGGAUAUCUGUUGGUGUUUAGCUACUCCUAUCUAAUCUAGUUCUUUUUCUAGAUCUCUUUGUCUCCCUUUCAAGUCAUUCUAUUUUGUACAUGACCAAUGAGAAAAAGGUUGAAAUAGUAAAAAGAUAAAAAAAAAAAGGGGGUUGGUUAAUAUGACCGAGUUUCAUUUCGCAGAGGAAAGAUACAACAAUGGGCAUUGAUUUUGAUACUUUAAUUAGACGGAUAUCGCUCUGUCAGAUUGGUUGUUGAAGUCAGGUCGACGUGUUGAGACACCAUGCAUAUUAGUUAAGUUGGGGUUGUCACGUCAAGAAGAAGAUAGAAAGAUAAAUUUGAUAAAGAAAGCAUUGAAUGAGAUAGUUUAAUGGACAGAUAUCGCUCUGUCAGGUUGGUUGGUGAAGUCAGGUCGACGUGUCGUCACUCCACAUCAUGCAUGAUAAGUUGGGGGUCGCCAGGUUGAGAUGGUUAGCAUGUCCACCACGCGACACAAACCGGUUGGAUAUUUCUAGCGUUACUUUCGUUACAACAUCACUUUCUCUUUACAAUCGGAGCAAUUACUAACCAAUGAAGUUAUAUUUCCUCACAAAACGAAAUUAUCACUAACUCAAAACAUUAAGAUGUUUUCCGAGUCUAGCAUAUCAACCACCUCAACUACGAUACUAUUGAUUAUAUAUAUAUCUCAGGUUUAAUUGACUUUUCUUAUGCCUGGCUUUCUGUAUUAAGGAGAUGUGGAUGAUUUCCCUUUCAGCCUUCUGUUCUCCUCUCCCUUUUAAUUUCAUUAUCUUUCCUUUUCAAACUUUCACCCCUUUCCCAAACAGGGUGUUACCCUCAACUUCUUCUUUGGUGAUGGCGAUGCAUUACUUUGGGAUCAAUCUGUGCAUUAGGUGUCACUUCUCUCUCUCUCUCUCUCUCUCGAAUUGUCGAAGGAAGUGUUUGGCACUAUGCUCCAUCUAACCAAAAAAAAAAAAGGUGAAAAGGAGUUGGGUGCAAAUAUCUGUAACUUAUGACUUAUCCUCUCAACAAUUUGAUAUUUUAUCCUUUUUUAAAAAUGAAUUCUGAUGAUUAAAUAUGUAUUUAUUUAUUCCAGGAAUAAAUGAGAGAAAGUGGAAGAUAUAACUUUUGUCCACAAUAUUAAUAAUAUUUCAUCCUAGAUUUAAUAAUUGGUGGGUGGAUUCUUGGAGUUGGAUAGGGACUUGCAAACUUUAGGAUUCCCUCAACUUGUUUGGAGAAGUUCAUCUAAAUCCAUCCAUUUUUCAAUAGUUUCCUCCAAAGUACCUAUAGUUUGGUAUAGAGAAUGAGUCUGUCCUCGCUACUUAUUGCCUUAUUGGUACUCGUCUAUUCUUCUACUAUUGUGUGCAGGUAAAUAUAGUGAUUCGAUCAUUUGGAUGUUUCAUUCAAGUAUUAAAAAAAACUUAUAAAUGAGAAGUAACUUAUGUAUUAUUUCAGUUUGAUCUGUAGAAAAAUUGAUUGUUUAAGAAUUAAUGUUAAUACUACCAGCUUAGAACCUGGAGGUCCCAGGUUCAAAUCGUUUAAGUAGUACCUUAAAUACAAAAAUGAAACAUAUAUCACCCUUAUUAAAAAAAAAGAAUUAAUGUUAAAAUCUCUUCUACAAUAUAUGAUAAUGAGUCUGUGCGUAUCAUUCAAUCUCAUGCAUUUUCAUUUUAGGGACGUACGAUACGAGAGAUCCAACUCAGACAACCAAGACAAGAAUAGGUCUAAUUAGAUUGAGUCUCUUAACUAUUUCUUCAGACAGUUGGGUUUUAUGGAGGUAUACAAUUAUAUAGAUUGACCCUUUCAUUAAUCAUGAUGCAACUUAUCCAUACCACGGGUAUCACACUCUAAAGAUGCAUCCACAUGACAACAAUAAACACAUACGUAGUACUGCUGUAUACAUCAUGAUCGGGGCAAUACAUACAAACAAUACGGUAGUUAUAGCGCACAACCUCUACACCCAUUAGGGUCGAUUUUUCAAAGGAUUUUCGCCUUGUUGAUAGUCGUGACGCAUGUGUCACUAGCAUACCCAACUUCUAUAUGAUUGUUUGGAGACGUAAACUACCUCGCUAAUACUUUUCGUGUCGAUACACUCUUUUAGACCUCAUCACUACCCAAUUCAGAUAGUGUUGGAGGUGAAAUGUGAUUUAUCAAAAUAACAGGGACGACCCUUUUCCUAUGGUGUUUUUCUAAGUAGUUUAUUGAGUUUUUUUUAGGGCUUUUGAGUAUAGAGCAUGUGAGGGAUUACCAUAGUUUAUUCAUAACUCCAUUACUUUCACUUUCUUCCUCCCACCGUCACCCACCUUCCCUUCUUCUUGUUUUUUUCAACAUUUCAACAUAUCACAUGAUUCUUCUUUUACCUUUCCAUUUUCCCCAACUAUAUAUAUGUUUCUUCAUAAUCUAUUUUUGGAUCUUUAUACACUUCCAAAUUCCAAUUAUCCAAUUCCACGUUGAAUUUGUUCAUAUAAUCACCAAUCCAAAUUCUUAAUCGUCAAUUUCUUGUGUGGAUUGCAAAUUUGCAAUCGAGGUGAAAAUCUAACCAAUUAAGUUUCAAGCAUAUGUAUUAAAUAAGGACAAAAAACGCCAUGCCUUCUAAGUAAUCUUCAGCACCAGAUGAUAAUGUAUAUUCAAGAACGAAAAUUUUGGCUUAUCUCUUUUAUCAAUUAACUAUAAAUGCAUGGAAUAAACAACCUCACUAACAUAUAUAAAAAAGUUGAAGAAAUUAGUACAACAAAUAAUUAGUUUGCUUUCAUUUUCUACAAAAUUUUGCUCUUUUUCCUUUAAUAAAUGUCUGAAAGCAUGUUGCUAAUAAUACAAAUAAACAUGUUAAAAAAAACAUAUCCAAAGCAUUUGUAGAUCUUCUCUUUGAACAUAUAUAUAUAUAUAUAUAUAUAUAUACAUGAACCUGAACCCUAAUCCACCAUGAACUUAGUUAACAUACAUGAACCUAAAUCAUUGAUUAAUUAUUAGUUUUGUGUGGACACAAUUAGUUCCACAUAGCCAUGCUAGGGUUUACUUGAGUUUUACUGAUCUGGAUUUGGGAGCUAAUGUUGGUUCAGAAGUUGGCAAAGCUAGCCAGCCAACAGUUGUCCCUUGCCUCCUGCUCAAUUCUAAAGGGCACACACCAAUUAUUUUUCUUUUGGAUAUAUUUAUAUACAGAUCUAUACUCUUGUGAUAUACAAUACUCGAAUACUUCUAGUGACAUACUUCCAUCCAGAUUAUGAAUUAUAUCAAGUUUGGGGUAUGAAACUAUACUCCAGCCUCUAAUAAAUAAAACUCAUGCCCCAAUUUUCUGAACCCAUGCCUAAAAAUCAAUGUAAUCAUAGAAAUAAUUGACGAUGAUAUUUUGCCAAAUUAUCGAAGUUUAACAAAGUAUAUCUAACGAUCAGAUCGUUUGGGAUAUAGUAUUCUCCAGAAGUAUACUAAUCGUUAUCAUAUAUAUAUAUAUAUAUAUAUAUAUAUAAAAGAAUAAAUAACAUAUGAACAUGCAUAAACUCUCAAGAAAAUGAUAGUUUUGGUGUUCUGUCUAUAUAAAACUAGGGUUUUUUUUUGGGGGAGGACAACCAUGGAAGAAGGGUAUAUGUUGGGAGAUGUAGCAUCUGUCAGUGCUAGCUGAAUUGUGUUCCCAUGCAUGAAUCCUGUGAGUAAAUGUUGGACAGGAAUCGACAGAUACCAGAUUGUAUAUGCUCAAACAAAUAUAGAAAAUUAUACUGGUAAGCAGUGAUAAUGCGAGAAUAAUAACAAUUGUUACCUUCUAAAAGUUUAGGGUUUCGAGUAAAUUCUAAAUCCGUGAAGAGAAAUAAAGAUAAAAAUUUGUUUUUAUUUUUUAACUUUGGGGUCUCUACGCAUAGAAGCGUUAAUCCAACUAUAUUUAUAUUCUUCUUGUUCAUAAAAUAUCGAAUGCUGAGAGACUGAAAGGGUUUGGGCAAAAUGAGGAUCUUAGAUAAGGGGAUUCAUUGCUCCUUAUGUAAUUGUCUUACCUUAUUUUGGGUUGAAAUCGUUGUUAUGUUGUUUUUUUUUUUAGAAUACUGUAGUUUGGAUUAACAUGUACCUUUAAGUAUGUUAACUUUUCUAUCGAAACGAAAUUGUAUGUUUUGUUUCACACCAAUUGAGCAUAUAAAGUUGCUAUUCAUUUACAUGUUUAAACUCCUCGAUUGUUAUUUUCGGAUGAUUUUUUUGUCUGAAAACGUGUUAUUGUGGUAUAUAAUACGAUGAAUCUUAUUCUCUUAAAGUACCACUAGAUCAACCGUUUUGAGUUAGCUCUUCAAUGUUUAAAAUACACACAAGAGGGAACAUUUUAAGUUCAGGAACUUGAACUCGAGAAUGGAUCGGAUUAGACUGCAUGCCCUAUUCUUUUAUUGGCUAUUGUUGCCACAAGUUUUGUAUCACAUCCUUGAUUAAAAUUAUAAUAGUAUAUAUAUUGCUGCGUAUCUUCAUAACAGAUUUACAGUUUUAAGGGCAAAAGGUAUAAGGAAUCUAACAGCUAGCUCUAGUUUGACUCUUCUAUUUUGUAAUUGGCUCUUGAAAAUUUGCAAUCAUUAAAAAUUGCCAACUUUAUUCUAAUCCAGAAGCCGUUGACUUGCCCUCUCUCUAUGCUCUUUUUUUGGGGGGGAAGGUGCAACAAAACACACCUUAAUGUUGUUAAUUAUGUGAAGAUUUUGUGCAAAAUAUCAUAUCCAUGAGUUGGUAACUCUUGAAAUAUACAUCAAUUGAUAUGGGGAACAAUCCAUAGGCCGGAAUAUGGAUUGUCAGUUGUGUUGAUAAGGUGCAUGAUCACCGAAAAACUUGUUCGGAUAGUGGAACAUUUAUUAAGUUCACGUUCGGUCCAAAAAGUUUAAGGCCUCAUUGGUAUACAAUCUAUAACUAUGUUCCAGUGAUUGUGUCAUCUUUAUUAUUAGUGUUAAAUGUUCUCGUAAAUUGCCCACUUCCUCCAUCAUCCUUGAAUACUACUCCUACUUUACUUAGAAGGUUUGAACAACUUGUCAGCACUGAUAUGUUAACCAGACCUCUCUUUGUGGAAGUCUAUCUGAUCAUAUCAUCCGUUAUUUAGGUUGUGCCAGUGAGGCUACUAGUUGUUGGUGCUCCUACACAUAUCAAAAGCGAGAUUGACAAGUUUUUGAAAAUAACUAAACCGGAGUUUCGAACACAACGAAGAUUGUUGCUAUACCUACCUCUUCAAACGGAACGAUAUUCAAGUGACAUAGUUUGAUGUUGCUGAUACAAAGAUAUUAAUGUAAACCAUUGUUGUCGUACAUCCAUCCUAUUUAAUUCCGAAACCUAAAUACCCUCAUAACUACAUUAGGAGCAACAAACACAAGCAAGAUCAGGAUUAAGCAAACAUGAUUAAUAUUGUUUUUUUUAAUGUUUCAAUUUUCUGUUAACUGAUUAUUUUACAUAUAUAUGUACUUGCAUGAGCUUGCAAGAAACUGUUUCUAUAUAGAGAAUACAUAGAACUGUUUGACAUUCAUGAACACAACAGUUGUAAUCAGAACAAACAUAAAUUUUAUAAUAAAAUUGUCAUAUAUAUAAAUAUAAAUUAAUUAUAUCUAUUAAUUACUCUUAAUAUACACUAUGACAGAUCAACAGAGCUAAGCAAUGCCUCCAAAAUUUGUGGCAAAUCACUAAAUGGGUUGCAGCCACGUAGCAGCCUACAGCCGACCUUUCUUCCCACUCUUUUGCAAUCGACUUCAUCCACUGAUCAUGAAACAAUAAUAAUAAUUAUAACUAUUCAUAAUAGUUAUAAUUAUAUUAUUAUUAGUUGUCAUGUUUUGGGUUGAUUCUCCUUUCUCAUGCUACAGUACUGGCUCAGACUGUGUCAUUAAGCUACAUAAGAUUAUAAGAAGGGUUUGGAGUUCAUCAAGAUCUGAAAACACAAAAGCAUACUUUAGUUCAAAGUGUUUGUGGUCCUUGAAGUUAUACUAAAAGAUUAGUGGUCAUAAUGAUGGGUUGAUAGAUGACCUUUUUUGGACUUAGUUAAUCAAAGUUUUUUAGUAAUCUAUGCAUGCGAUCACUUCUGAAAUGUGGGUACGAUUGAUGGAAAUGUUUUUCCGUCUUGUUGUAGGCCGCGGCACGUUUCUAACGGGAAUCAAUAAUUCUAGUACUUUUAUAUCGUUCCGAUACUUCUUAGGUUGUUAGAAUAAGGGAGAAAAAAAAAUGUACAUGUUGAAUGGAUGAAUUAGUUACUCUCGCGCGCGAGGAUUGGGUUUUUCUGAAAUCUGAAUCUACGUCUUUGUGACUGUGUGUGUGGCGUUUUGCGUAGCCUAAAAAUCACAAUGUGAUGGAAAUACAUUCUAGAGUAUACUUUGUCAAGCAAUUGAUUAGAGUACUAUACUGAGAACUUUCCCAAGACUCCUUGGGCUUCUAUCUGGAAUCUGGUCCAUCUGGAUCACGCCGAAGAAAGCCGUAAACUUGUAACUUGGGCCAUAAAUGUCCAACUCCAACAUAAUGAAGAGGCUGGACUCACCUAGGUCCAUUUAAUAUGAUACAAGAAGAUGAGAGCCCAUCAAAAGUUGUCGAGCCCAGAGGCUUACACUGUGAUAAGCCCAAAGCCCCAAACCAAUUACACUGGUAAUAUCCUUUCUGGCCAAACCUUUUUUCCGAUCGGCAGGAGCACACACGUGCCAUGUUUUGCCGAUUCAGCUCGUUUCCGAUCUGGCCACCGUCAGUCCCUUUUUUAUCUUCUCCGCCGGCGGCAACCGAUUGACAGAGAACUCCAAAGCUGAGACGUCGUCGUAUUGUGUGUAUACGGUCACAGAACAAAACACACAGUAAAACAAAAAGCCCUCCAGACUCCCGUCAUCACGUUAAUUAAUUGCCUGUAUUUUGUCUGGAUCGUUUUGAAUUCAUUACGCUGCCCCUUCCACGACUGUCUUCAUCUCUGUUCUCAUUCCCCCUUCUUCGCUGUCGGCGUAGCUACCAGCUAAAGCACAAAUGAAGUACUCAUGGGAAGUGAAAGAAGCAUAAUUUGUAGAGAAGUUUGAUAUGAAUGAUGGUUAGUGAAGUGGAAAGUUGUGGUCUUUAGACAAUCAUUCAGGAACUUAUCGCAUAUUCGAGUUGUAAACUUGUUCUUAAUGUAACCCAAAGCUGAAAGACUCUUCAACACUUGCCGUACAAUUAUAAAAUCAACACAAAUUAAGGGUAGAUUGAAAUUAGUUUAGAUUGAAAUAAUUAGAGAUAGAGAAUGACUUUUUACUAUUACACAUUGUUCAAAAUCGAACAACAAAUGAGUUGUAGUUCAACAGAAAUUAAGUUUAUUGAUAAUAAUAGUGUUCUAAAUUU